AUUCUUACAGAUGAGAAUUAAUUUUUUUAAAAAUUAGUAUUUUCUAUCUUUAAUUUUUUGUUAUUUAAAGAAAAUGAAUUAUGGAAACUCAGCAGCCAGAGUUUGGAUUUCCAUUUAACCCUUCACAUCAUAUGAAGACCAACAGAAUCAUCUGGCACAUGCUCAAAUGCUCCAAAAACCAAUCAGAAUCCAGCAAAAAAACUUUAGCUAAAGUCCAGUGCUCCUAUAAUAAAGAACACUGAAUUGAACAAGCUGAAUCAUUCGAACACAUGCAGCAUGAAUGCUCUGACAGGCUGACUGAGUUUCAAAAUAUUAAAAUCUUGAUUUCUCAGAUUCAACUUUUGAAUCCUAAUUGGAGGACAUAA